UUAACACAAAUUCUGGUUCAAAAGUACAUACAAGCAAGGGCAUGCAUGGUCUGAGGACUUUAUCAUAAACGUUUCUGGGAUAUUGGUGAGCUGGCGGGGGAUAGAGGUGCUGCGUACCAAGGGUGUCGAAUCGGCCCGGCGAUCCUCACCGGCCCACAUAGAUCUGACACCCUCAUUGUGAAAUUCCUGUUUCGUGUCCGUAAGCGACACCAAAUGGUGAGGCACAAACGGGGGGACGGAAACUGCUGUGAAUUGUGAGCAACACAAAUGCUUGAUGGUGAAACAGCGUCGUUAUCCUCAUCUUAAGUUGUAAUUCGUAAACGUGUCAUCAGGAUCUUCCAAAAGGACUGUCUCCAUGAAGAGGAACCUUCACCUCAUCUCCAUGUCAUGAUCAUUAUCAUCACUUCCUUUACAGGAACACGUUUUGUUUUGUUUUUACUACAAACGUGUUACAAACGUGUUCAGUUUCACUUUUAGGAAUCGUCGUUGCGCGCGUGCAUUCGCUGCGGUAUCGGAGGCAGAUGGUGUUUGAUGAUAAUUGUUGGUGCGGUGGGUAAUCACGGAGAGCGGAGGACACGGGAGGAAGAGUCGAGAGAGAGGAGGAAUAAAAGAGGAAAGUGACAGUGCUAUCUGCCUUGAUGUUGGAGCGAGAGUCGAGCAGAGAGAGAGAGGGGGACGACAGAGAAAUUGCGGAAAGGUGUCCACAGCAUCACUAUUCUCAUCAGAAUGACCGCUACCACCCAUCUACCCAGCUCCUUCUUCUCUCUGAAACCACAGUCCAACUGGAACUCCACUGAUUGGGAUUCGUCGUUGAUCACCAACAGCACUGAGAAGCCGUCGGAAAUCUCCACUAAUCUCAAUAAUUUCAAGUACGUGUCCAUAACCGUCUACACCAUCAUCAUUAUCUUGGGUAGCGUCGGCAACUUCUUGGUCAUCUGGAUUCUGGGCUUCAAGAUGAAGCGCACGGUGGUGACCCUCUUCUUCCUGCACCUGUCCAUCGCCGACUUCAUCUUCAUGCUGCAGAUGUCCUUGCUUGUUGUUGAAGAGGCCAUGGACGGGCACUGGGCGAUGGGCAUGGCCAUGUGUAAGCUGACCUCGUUUGGUCUCUUUAUGAACGCGAACGCCAGCGUCUACUUCUUGACGCUCAUCAGCCUCGACCGCUACGCCGCUCUCCUGCACCCCGUGUCCUCGCUGCCCCUGCGUCGCCUACACAUGGCCCGGUGGCUCUGCCUGGCCGUGUGGCUCUUCUCCUUCCUGCUGAGCCUCCCGCCUCUCAUCUUCAGCACAACAGCAGAUGACAAUGGCAUAAUAUUCUGCUUUGACGACUACAGUGAAGACCGAGAUGAGGAGUUGCGGCACAUCAUGGCCGUGAACAUCUGUCGGUUUGUCCUGGGCUUCGCUCUUCCGUACACCAUCAUGAUCUUCUGCUACUGUCACAUCGGGGCGAAACUGCAGCGCAUAGACAAGUCGCGUCGCGGCAACUCGCUUAAAAUCAUCGUGGCCGUGGUGGUGGCAUUCUUUAUCUGCUGGGCGCCGUACCACGCCAUCGGACUGAUGGAGUCCACCUUCUAUUUUCAUGAAGAUCAUGAGAUUCACCCCGUGGCAAAAAUGGCAUUGUCAAUUGUUGAUUAUCUUAUGUGCUUCAACAGCUGCAUCAACCCGAUCCUCUACGUGUUCAGCGGCUCGCAUCUCAAAGCCCAGUUCAGGCGCUCGCUCGUCGCUGCCAUCGAGAACGCGUUCAGAGACCACGAGCAGUUGGAUUUGGGGCAGGACUGCGGGAGCGGACCCACGGCGCAGUCGCGGGAUGUCAUCAACCUCAGCACCAAGCUCAGCAGCAACAGCAGCGGCAACACCAGCGGCAACCUGGAGGGCAGCCACGGUGACGUGGUGACCGUUGGCGUGGUGCAGGAGUCGCAGGUGUAGGCGUGGCCACGAGGACGCGACACGCGCCGGUGAGAGGACGCGAGCCUCACGAGACCGCGGAGAGGUGGGGAGAGUGGGCGAGCGGUGCACGGGGUGGUGGAGUGGGAGGGCAGGAGGCUGAUGGAGCGAAGGUGAGAAGAGAUGGACGAGAGAAAGCGGAGAGACGAGAAGAGAAAUGCGUGGUUCUGGGCCCGGUCGAGGUGGCCCCACUUGCUGUGAGGUUUGCUUCACAGCAGCCGGCACCCGUACGGAGGCGGUUCAAGCAUCGCCAGGUAAUUGUCCGUGGUUCUUUUGACCCCUCUGAGAGAAAAAAAGGAGAUAUUCAUAGUUCAGAGCAGAGGAGAUUAAAAAUGUAUUUCUUGAGAACUGCUUUUUGUAUUUAGUUUGCUGUCCAUCCCCCGCACCACUGAUUAGCAUGGUUGGCUACGUACAGUGCGAAAGAAGUUCAACAUACAUACAGAGGAAAUGUGAAGAAGAAAGGAGAUAGUAGGUGAGGAGAGGGUCGUGUAGUGGUGCUUGGUCUUGAUGGUGCGUAAUAAUAUAGGAGCUCAUCGCUUCAUGAAGCAGUCCCCCUCAACGUUCCAUUCCUCUCUUAAAGCCUCACCUCUUCUCCAUUCCCCAUUCUCAUCCCUCCCAUCGCCCCUCGACCCAUUCCCGUCCCUCCCCUACCCUCUCGUACCCCAAAGUACCCUCCAUCACAGUCACCCGAUCCUCAUCCCUUGCACGCCCCUACCAUCCAUAGCAUUACUGUAUUUUAUUAUACCAUUUUUAAAACUAUGUUACUGCUCAAAAUACGUACUCCAUUUAUUUAUCUAGAAAGCAAAGAUUGUUUUCAAACAUAAUUUAAUAAUGCUUUGCAAUUACGUGUUAACCUAGCCCGACCUUUGUACCAAAUUCGGCUGCUAUAAAUGUCCACACGACGAUAAGCCCACUUCGUUAAGCUAUCAUUUGUGUCUAGGUCCCUCCUGUAAAAAAAAACAAUUACAGAAAUAUGAAUGUAAAGACUUUAAUAAAUAAUAAAUGUAUCUCUAAACAGUAACUCACAUACUAUAUAUACUUUAUAUAACUGAGGUCUAGGCGAGGCGCUGGCAGCUAGGCCUCACCUGAGGUGGGGGGGGGAGUGAAUUUACAAAUAGGUGUGCUGAAGGGAUAUUGCUCAAUUAAAACAACUGUUCUAAGUGCGCCAAUAUAAUAGCUACCAUUGAAAACUGUCACAAACAUUGCAUUUUACGUUGAAAAUACCAAAGUGUUUAACUAUCCCUGGUUUCCACUACCCAAGAGACAUUGACACAAGGUGCCCACGAGACUGGGGUAUCCGAGAAUUAAAGUGGACCCUGUCCUUUGCGCAGCCAAUGUUCAUGAAAUAUUCCGUACGUCUCGGGUCCACCAACUUCCUGUACAUCAAAUUGUGCUUCGUGUUGUAUUAUUUUUCUUUCAAUAAAACGUCAUUGUUGAUAAAAAAAAAGUCGAAAGUAGUUUGUAUUUCUGGUACAAAUUUAAAUAUAAGCAACGGAAAUAAGAGAUAGCAGUGAGCUGACGGGGUGACGACGUGAGGGGUUCUGUGAAAUGCUCAUUGUGAAUCUGCGGUUCCGUGUACUAAGCGACACCAAAUGGU